CCCAGGAGGUCACUUCCACCACCCUCUCCCGGCGGCCAAUUCAAUCCCAGCAGGCGCUGCUUCUCCCGCGUCCUCCUCCGAGCCUCCAAGACCACCAAAAUUGCCUCAGGUCGGCCAGACCCGUUGUUACUGGGCUCUCCUGAAUACAUCAUUACAGUUCCUUGCUAUUGAUCCCGUCCUUAGGUAUCAUUUACACGACCAGGCUUCGCGCAUUUUUGAGUAUGCCUUAUUGGAUUUUGUACAUCCGGAUGAGCUUGAGUCGGCUCAGAGAGAUUUGGGGAAUGUUUUAGGGGAGCAGACGCUACAUGGCAGCGUAACUCGUGUAAGAUAUUGUCGUCUUAGUCGUGUCCGCCGGAUUCUUGGCUGGUCGGACAGCUCUGCACCCUAUCCGUCCAACUUUCCUGCUGAACGCAUAGCAAUCGACGGAGACUACAUGGCGGUCUACCUCGUACUGAACUGCGUCGCGGACGGACUCGUUCUUUGUUUCAUUCAUGCCGUCGUUGACAUCGCUCCCCAAGCUGACAAUGACGAGCGUCACAAGACGGGAUGGUCUAAUUGGUGUAGCACCUAUGGUUUUGAUGAUGAGGAAGCGCAUGUAUUGUUCCAGCGCCUGUGCGAGUACGUUCACCCUGUUCCCAGACGAUUCGGGUUCGAGUAUGAGUCUCCCCUUCGGAUCCUUCAAAUCCUGCGAAAUCAGCCAGAUCGACCUCUGGUCCUUUCGUGGCCACCUGAUUCCACAUUAUUUCAGUCCAAUCCUACCGUAUUAAUUGCUAAUAGUUUGGCACAACUUGCUCAACAUGUGCAAAUUGGUUAUUCUGGUGGCAGUGGAAAGGAUAAUGAUGCGAGAACAAGCUGUACGAGAAGGUAUAAGAGCGUGCAGACUGUUAGGCUGCCUUCGUUUAAUGGGUCGAAAUUAAUGCAUGUUGAAAGUAUCUUCAUUCCGCAUGGCAUGGUUAUCUUUGCUUGUCAUAAAGUCAUCGAUUCCUAUGCAGGUGUCGACCAUACACAGCACGUGGUCCAGACACACGCAGACCAACUACCGUAUCCAAAGACCAGCAUCGAUCUGCACAAUCCAGAGGCUGGUGCUGCACGUGAAGCAUACGACAACGUAGUGCUAGCUACGGCACAACAGGACCUGAAUUCGCAAAAUUAUGUUCAGCAAUGGGUUGAUGGGCAAUCUCGAACGCAAGCGCAAGUGAAGCAAGAUAGUCACAGCUGGGACAAUCGUAGAGGUAUAGAGAUUCUAUUAGGGGAUACAUGGCGUAACGAAUUUCGACUUCCAGAAGGCGAACAUCCUCUCCUUGCUCGAGCUAGUGACUCUCGUCUCCAAACAUCAUUUUCGAUGCAUCCCAUGCCAAGACCCGAUGACAGCGUGGCAAACCCUCCUCCCCCUCCUCCUUCAGCCUCUGUGUCCAUGAACCACGUACCAUCUGCGAGCGAUGGGUCAGGUAGUCCUCUGAAUGACCUUGAGAGGUCCAAGGAUCGGAUAAGUCGAGAUCGUAGUGGUGGUGUUGGUGUUGGUGGGAACGCUGGCGGUGGCGUUGGUAGUAGCAGAGUGCCUGGUAACCCUCCUGCAGGCAUAACACAGUGUGCGCAUUGUCAGAUUACGCAUAGUCCAGAAUGGAGGAAAGGUCCGAGUGGGAAGAAGGAUUUGUGUAAUGCGUGUGGCCUUCGCUUCUCCCGUUCUCGCGCGAAGAAAGAAGGCGUCGUUUCACGUAAACGGAAGAUCAGGGACAAGGAUCUGCCUCUAAAUAACAACAACAAUAAUAAUAAUCUUCAUGGUUCGUCAACGGUCGAUACGGUAUCACCAGUGCAAGCCCUACACCCUCAUACUCCAAAUCCUCAUUCUCAUCCUCCUGGACUUGGAUUACAAAUCACGACAGACGGAAGCAGGAGUACAGAGUUAUCCUCCUAUCCUCCUUCGCAACCAGAUCUUUCAGGUAUAGCUGUUUCCCCGACUUCGAGACGAGAUAGGUCGAAUGGGUACCCUCCUCCGUUCGGGGUACAGAAUAAUACUUUUGACGAUCGUCCAGGAGCGAACCUUGGUCCUGGUCCUGAACCACCGCUUUCGUCUGGUUUGCGAUUCGAGGAGCCGACCCGCGAUGUGCAGAUGUCGUACUUUUAGCAUAGGAACUCGAAAACUCCAUAUUCAACAAUGUCGAUAAUUCUCUUGGCUGGGUCGUCUGGUGCAUGUACAGCAGGGCGCUUUCGUUCACCAACUUCACAGCCUACUCCCGUGUGCAUCUUGUUUUGGUUUUGGAACAGCGUUGUCAUUUCAUUAUUAUUCUCUAUAGGUAUUCUGUUCUUACUUUCCUUAGACUAUUGUUGUGCUUCGUAUUGUUGUGUACAUAUCGUUGUCAUUGUCAUCAUAGCAUUGCAUUUUUAAUCUUUCUCAGAUGUAGUAGCUAACCCACCCAACCCAC